GGACCGGAAGUGCCUGAGCGCGGCGGAGGAAUGGUCAGUUGAGCCUUUCGGUUGCGUCUGGGAAGAGUCGGCGUGAGGCCGCGGCGUGCGGGCUCCAGGGACGGCAGAGGCGGCCGCGGCCGUCUGGGGCUCGGGACCUAAGACCCGAGCGUCGACACCACCCGCGCGGUGGGCGCCUCGGGCUCCGCUGAGUGCCUGGGGCCGCCGCCAAGCACAGACCAUGUUCAUGGUGCGCCUGACCUCCCAGCUGCUCAGGGCUGUUCCCCGGGCAGGUUGCAGUGGGCCUUGGCCUGUCUGCGGGGUGUUGGGCAGGCAUGCCUGCAGACCUCGCUACAGCAUGCAACCAAUAGGCCCAAGUGGGGUUGCCUCCCUUCCUGACAGGCGGGUCCACAUGGAGCUUGAGGAGAUGCUGGUCCCCAGGAAGAUGUCUGUCAGCCCCUUGGAGAGCUGGCUGACCGUUCGCUACCUCCUGCCCAGACUGGACGCUGGGGCCCCAGGGACUGUGUCUCCAGCCCAAGUCUAUGAGUGUCCGCCCAGCCAGGGGGGGGAAGGGGUCGCGCAGGGGGGUAAGGAGGUCUGGGACGCGCCCCAGAUACAGUGCAAGAACGUGCUCAAGAUCCGCCGGCGGAAGAUGAAUCAUCACAAGUACCGCAAGCUGGUCAAGAGGACCCGGUUCCUGCGGCGGAAGGUCAGGGAGGGACGCCUGAAACGGAAGCAGAUGUUGUCACCUGGAUUAAAACUCUCGCCAAGAUGAUCAUCAUUUCUUGUGUGUGGUCAACAGUGACGGUGUGCCUUCCCCAAAUUCAGGCCUGAGAUCCAGACUUUGAAAAACUGACAACGUGUCUUAAACCUCACCUUUCUCUGGGGUUCCCCCAGACCGCCAUUGGCAACACAAGGCCUCCUCCCUUGGGUAAAAUGAAGAACAGUGCAGACAAUGGAAUAUAUUUAUUACUGCCAUAUUUAACCACCUCUUCGCAAGUUUGGAAGCCCCCCUGUUUACGAAGCCCGUAAUAUGGGAAAGUCAAGACUAUUUAUACACAAAAGGAAUGUUGUUAUGACUGUGUUGGAGCGACUUUGCGAUCUCGCGUCGGCGGGAAGCUGCCACGUUCGCGUGGUGUGCGGCGAGGAUGGCUCUGAUUGCUGUGUUGUGAGGCCCUCCCCGCCAGUACCUGCAGGUUGGAAGGCUCUGCGAGGUAAACACACUCUCGUGACUGAAUCCUGGGGAAGUACGUGACACCUUAAAAGAGAUUCUGCUCUCUGGCCUUUGGACAUUCUGUGCGGCCGGGCGGCAGCGGUGGCCUCCCGGGGGCCGUCUCCGGGGUCCCUGACUGUUGACGCGACAGGAAACAGCCUCACCAGACAGGCCGACACUUGCCACACUGUCCCCAGGGGCCAGGUCAGGGCCAGGGGCCCCUGUGCACCAGAAGCAGAUGACCCGGAACUUGCAGUCCGGCCCGAGUCCACAGGGCAGGCAGGGGAGUUGGACGUGUCUCGCUGAGGUGGUGUGGGCAUGAGACAGCACAGGCUGUAACGAAGUGUCUGUAAACGGAUCUCAUUCAACUGGCCCUCAGAGUUCAGGAGAAAAUAUCACAAGAAACUCUUAGUACAGGUGUGAAGCCAGUGAUUCUUCAGAAAAACUGAAAAUUCUGUGGGAAGUGAUGGAAGGAAACCGCUCAGGACGGUGGUACCCGAGGGGUGGCCCUGGGUCCAGUCGGGACCGGGAAGCUCGGGGAGUCUGGUGGUUGGUUCACCCCCACUCCUCCCACCCCCCUAACCCCGACAGCAGAGGAGUCCUUGGGCUGGCAGGCUGGCGGGCAGGGCAGGUGGGCGCCCUCCAGGCUGCAGGGCCGAGGGCUGCAGGGAGGCCGGGUCAAGGCCUCGGGGAGGCUGAGGGACUGUGUUGUGGGCAGGACACCACGGACCUCCCUCCCGUGGCUUCCCCCACAGCCUCUGUGGGGAGCUCGAGCCCCUCUUCAUAGAGCAGAGCUGCUGAGAGGAGCCUCGGUGUCGCCAGAGCCUGUGGGGAAGGGGUUCCCUCGCUGAAGCGUCGCGUUUAAAGGUAAGUCUCCUUGGUGAGGCGCCAGGGACCCAGGGCGCCCGUCCACGUGGAAGCAGCGCUCGCGGCCCCCAGGAAGCCGGCCUGAUGGCUGCUCUAAGCGUGUCAGCCCUGGCCUGCCCGAGGCGCCAGCAACCAGCCGGACCUGGGGACUCUGUGACAGCUCCCGCAGUGAAGGCACCACGGGUGAAAUCUGCUAGGAGUCAGUCUGUGGUCCUUGAUUCCUGGCUGCAAAAUUGAUGAAUCGUUAAGGACGAUAAGGAAACACUUCUGGCGUGAUGGGAGAGAAGAAAAUACAGAGGCCAACCUUGGAGCCUGAGGUCAUGGUUCGAGUCUAUGACCCAUACAAGCCGGCCGGCGCCCCUGCACCUUCACGAACAGAAUGAGCCAAGCAGAGGGCACGCAGGCAGGCCUCAGAGGCGCUGCGGGCUCGGUUCCAGGCCACCGCAGUCAUGCGAGGCACGCAAACUUUUUGGUUUCCCAGCGCGUAUAAAAGUUACGUUUAAACUGCAGGCUAUUAAGUGUGCCAUAGCGUUAUGUCUAAAAAACGUACAUGCCUUAAUUUUCUAAAAAAUUUGUUUAUUUGUUUAUUUUUGGCCACGUUGGGUCUUCGUUGCUGCGUGUGGGCUUUCUCUAGUUGCGGCGAGCGGGGGCUACUCUUCGUUGCGGUGCGCGGGCUUCUCAUUGCGGUGGCUUCUCUUGCAGAGCGUGGGCUCUAGGUGUGCAGACUUCAGUAGUUGUGGCUCGCGGGCUCUAGAGCGCAGGCUCAGUAGUUGUGGCGCACGGGCUUAGUUGCUCUGCGGCAUGUGGGAUCGUCCCAGACCAGGGCUCGAACCCGUGUCCCCUGCGUUGGCAGGUGGAUUCUUAACCACUGCACCACCAGGGAAGUCCCAUAAUUUUUUUUUUAAAUUUUACAUGCCUUAAUUUAAAACUACUUUGUCUCUAAGAAAUGCUAACCAUCAUCUGAGGCUUCAGCGAGUCAGAAUUUUUUGCUGGUGGAAGGUUUGACAUAAUGUGAGAACUACCAAAGUGUGACACAGAGACAUGAAGUGAGCAAACGCUGUUGGGAAAAUGGCACUGAUAGACUUGCCUGACACAGGGUCACCCCAAAACUUCAGUUUGUAAAAAGGGCAGGGUCUGUGAAGCGCAGUACAGUGAGGGGUGCCUGAACCCUGUUAAUGCCAUGCAGGAAACCACUGAUGUGGGUUUGACCACGACUGCUAAAAUCCUUGAUCUUGGCUCCCUGACAUUUUCUCAGGAUAAAAGGGCUGGCCCAUGAAAUAAUGGAUCUACAUUUCCAGAUUUUCUCGUCUGUAUUUUUG